CGGAGGGCACACGGUUCAGUGACCACAUGUCCAGUGACAAGCAGAAGAAGAGCCUCGCAGUGCGGCAGUCGUCAAGCGGUGUCGGUGCUGGCGGAGUGUGGAGAGAGAGAGAGAGAGAGAGAGAGAACUAUGUGAUGGUUAGCCACAGAGCCAGCAAAGCGGGCUAGCUGUUAGCCGACCUCUGGCAGCCUCCACUCUCUUCUUGCCGGGGAAACCAGCCACCUUUGCACAGGUGUCCGGGCUGGCCAGAACUGUACUUUUGGUCAGCAUCUCUACUGCUUGGCCGUAAAUGUGACAGACCACAUCAACACAUCCAGCCUCACUAUGGGUCAGGACAGGGGGAAGUAUGAUUUCUACAUCGGGCUGGGGUUGGCCAUCAGCUCCAGCAUCUUCAUCGGGGGCAGUUUUAUCCUUAAGAAGAAAGGACUUCUGAGGCUGGCGAGGAAGGGAUCGAUGCGGGCAGGCCAGGGGGGUCAUGCAUAUCUGAAAGAAUGGCUAUGGUGGGCCGGUUUAUUAUCAAUGGGGGCUGGUGAAGCAGCCAACUUCGCAGCAUAUGCCUUUGCUCCUGCGACCCUGGUCACCCCACUGGGAGCCCUCAGUGUGCUUGUGAGUGCGGUGCUGUCAUCGUACUUCCUGACAGAGCGGCUAAACCUGCACGGGAAGCUCGGCUGCCUGCUCAGCAUCCUGGGCUCCACCACCAUGGUGAUACAUGCGCCGCAAGAGGAAGAGAUCAGCAGCCUCGAGCACAUGGCCAGGAAGCUGGUUGACCCAGGGUUUUUUGUCUUUGCCACUCUAGUCAUCAUUGUGGCCGUCAUCUUCAUAUUUGUGGUGGGUCCCCGCCACGGUCAGACAAAUAUCCUUGUGUACAUCACCAUCUGCUCAGUAAUCGGGGCACUAUCAGUGUCCUGUGUCAAAGGACUGGGCAUUGCCAUAAAGGAAGCAAUCGCCGGGAAAAAUGUUGUGAGAAAGCCGCUGGCGUGGUUCUUGCUUCUGGGUCUGGUGGCCUGUGUGAGCACGCAGAUCAACUACUUGAACAAGGCCUUGGACAUAUUCAACACCUCCCUGGUGACGCCCAUCUAUUACGUGUUCUUUACCACGUCUGUGCUCACCUGUUCCGCCAUUCUCUUCAAAGAGUGGGAGCACAUGGGCACAGACGACGUGAUUGGCACCCUCAGUGGCUUCUUCACAAUCAUCGUGGGCAUCUUCCUGCUCCACGCCUUCAAAGACAUUAGCGUUAGCUUGGCUACUCUCGCUGUGUCCAUGAGGAAGGAAGAACGGGCCUUUCCGGCAGCCAACGGCAUGGCUUCCCACAGCACGUAUGAACUGCUGCAUAAUGAGUCCACUGAGGACAUGGAGGACAGAGAAAUGGGCUUGCCUUUUGAUAGCAUCUCUAGAAGAAACGGGGCAAUGACUUCCUCGUUGGAUCAUUAAAGAACUUUUUUCCAGCCCCCCCCCCCUACUGACUGACCAACCAUGGCAUUGUGUAUGAGAACAAUAAGACAAUCACCUGUAUCGGAAAAGUGACUUGGACAGACCAGUGGAUUGUAUUUAAUGUUUUAAUUUGCCUUACUUUUCUCAGAAUAUGACCUGUCAUAUUCAGUUAUUUAAAACUUAAUUUCAUUCCUCUGUAGCGCUGUAAAUGAGUUUUUUAAGAAAUGUUUUGUUAUAUGUACAUGCAUAUUCAUGCACUGACUUUAUAUAAAUCAAAGAUAAAAGUUUUAAAAUAUCUUCUAUAUAAGGUCCUGCUGACAAUGACUACAUUUAAAAAGGACAUUCACUAUGAUUUUAGUUUUCGUGACCUUUGAAAGUAACCAGUUUUUGUUGGGAGUCAUUCUGAACUUUUUUUGUAGUUCACAUGAAAAGCUCUUGAGAUGAACCAACAGAUUUGUUACAUAUUUAUUGAAUUAAAAUGAUUAAAACAUUUGAAA